AUGGCCCAGCAGGAAACCUCCGGGAACCGCCUGAGAGAUGCACCAUGUGUCCAGUCACUUCUCGGCUUCUUCUUUAACAAGGGUGUCAGAGGCGGGCCCAAGAUCUUUCUCAACCUGGCCGCCGUGCUCUGUGCCCUGCUGCUUGUCAUAAAGCUCUUGCCCCAGCGUCUGAGCGACGGCGCAUUGAACUCUAUGCCCCACGAUCUCUGGAAAGGGGAGCAAGAGGAAACGCUGCAGGUAGACACUGGCGACGAUGUCGAUGAUGGCAGCAUACCGGGCGGGCUGAGGAUCGUCGUCUUCGGGGAGAACGACAUCGGCACGCCGGCGGUCGGCGUAGACCAGGAGGUCGAGGGGUCCAAGUCGUGGACUGAGGCCCUCUGUGACCAGCUGGCAUGCUCCAAGCACAUCUCAAUGGCGCCGUCACCCGAUUCCCCUUCGUGGUCUGUCAGUUCCAAGACUCUUUACGCCGACGGCGUCGAAAGCGUCCUCAACGAGACGACAGGACGGUCCGGCCCUGGCUUGGAUUACUCGUACUUGUCAACGCUGUACGGCCCCCAGUGGCAGACCCUCGACUUCAAGGACCAGGUCGAUCGAUUCCUCGCCAUGCCCAAGCCGCGCCAUGCGCCAAAGGAGACGCUCUGGGUCUUCAACUUUGGCUUCUGGGACGUGUAUUCGCUAUCGGCCCUGCCGAUCCCUGCUGGGAAGGCGGCAGCAAACGCUAUGACGAGGGAUUAUUUCGAGCAGAUCGAGCGCCUGUACGAGGCUUCGACAGACUACCAGUCGAUUGCCUGGUCUGACAUCAACUACGUCCCGGCCCCGCCCGAGCCUGAGCCCGAGCCCAGCCCGGAAGCAGAAACCACGGGGGAGUCAUCCGCCGACGGGCCGACUGAGAAGAGAAACGAGGAGAACGCCGCGGACAAAACACCAGCGGAGAGCAGCGCUGAAGAUACGACCGAAUACUUCCGGCUCCUGAUCCCUCGAGUCACGGACCCAUCCCUGCUGCCCGGGUGGCGCGAUCUCAGGGCGCAGCUCCCCAAGGUUCACUCCAAGGCGGAGCAGAUGCGCAACUCUGCCGCGCUCACGGAGCACUGGAACGACCGCAUCGUCGACGGGCUGGUGGAGUGGGUCAGAAAGGAGAACCAAAGGGCCGGCGGGGAUGAGAACAAGAACAGCAAGAGGGCCGGGCCAGACGACCCUGCGACCCCGGCUGCGACCCAGGGGAAGAAGGAGGCCGACAGGGCCCCGCCCCAGAGCAGGCGCAGCCCGGUCCGCGACGGCUUCGCGUACAACAUGGCCAGCUACGUGCUGGACGCCAUGGUGGAGCGGCAGCUGCGCAACGCCCGGCUGCGCGAUGCCUCGGGCCGCGGCGACGGCCCGGUCGAGGAGGGGUUCCGCGACGUGACCAACUCGUGCGUGGAGCGCGUCGACACGGCGCUGGUGGCCGUCUCGGUGCAGAGCGGCGUCCGGCUGGAGAUACCCAACGAGGUGAUUGGCAACGACGUCCAGGUGCCCAGCUCGACCAGGCCCGAGAACAAGGAGCCGCAGGGGGAGCCGGCCGGGAAAAAGAGGGCGAACAGGCGCGGUGACGACAAGGAGGAGGACGGGGGGGCCAAGGAGCCCAGCGCCGACCUGGCUGCCAACGCGGCCGCCCCGGUCAAGGUGUGCCAGAUCCCCAGCGACUACCUGUUCUACACGCCGUUCGCGCUGUCGCAGAAGGCCAUUGGCGAGAUCGCCCUUCAGACCGCGGACAUGAUCCGCAACAACGAGACGAUCAGAGGGAAGCUACAGGAGCAGAUGGACAAGAUUAAUGGUUCAUGA